AUGAAGCUUCUCGACAAGACAAUUGCACUAGAGAAAGACAAAAGUGGUCUGCUCUCACUAGUGCCGCAAGAUAAAGAAGAUCUCUGGCAACUCUACAACCUCAUCCAAAAAGGCGAUGUGGUGGAACUCCUGUCGAUUCGGAACGUCAAGAAGACCGAGGGCGGAAAGGCCGAGCGCGUUCACGUGCGCUUGAAACUAGCUGUGGAGUCCGUAGACUAUGCUCCCAGUGACGAGGCCAUGAGGAUCAGAGGCAAGACGACGGAACAGAGCGAGUAUGUUCCAAACCAAAGCUACCACACCGCCGAGGUGCAGCUCAACAAGUCACUCAAAAUCAACAAGCCAGAGUGGGAUGACAUUAGCUACGGCAUUGUUUUGGAGGCCUCCUCCGUGGAAAAAAAGGCCGAGGUGGGCGCUGUAGUAUUGCAAGAGGGCGUGGCGCAUCUAUGCUUGGUCACUGAUAAAAUGACCGUGCUUCGAAACAAGAUCGAAAAGGCGAUCCCCCGGAAAAGCCGCGGCGAUGCCGGAGGCAGUGCCCAUGACAAGGCCAUGGCCAAGUUCCUCGACAUGGUGCAACUGACGCUCAGUAGAAACUUUGAUAUCGAGAAAUUGAAGGUCAUCAUCUUGGCCUCGCCUGGUUUCACGGCGCAGGCUCUCUAUAAAGCGCUUUUGGAUACGGCCAUCAAGGAAGACAACAAGACAAUUCUCAAAAACAAGUCCAAGUUCUUGGUCGUGCACUCGUCAACGGGGUAUCUUCAAGGUUUGGAAGAGGUACUCAAGGACCCAAGCGUGCAGAAGAACCUCAACAACACAAAAUUUGCCAAGGAGGCCGCGGUUUUCGAAGAGUUCCAGAAGGUUCUUAACGAGGACGAUGGCCGUGCAUGGUACGGGCCAAAAGAAGUCGUGCGGGCUGUAGAAUCGGGUGCCGUCAAGAGUCUUUUGCUCACAGAUGCCCUCUUUCGCAGCGAUGAUAUCGCCGUAAGAAAGCACUACAUUUCUCUCAGCGAAGACGUGAAAAACCAGGGUGGUGAUGUGUACGUGCUCUCCACUCUCCACGAUUGCGGCGUGCAACUCGAUCAGUUAACAGGUGCGGCUGUGUUGCUCAAGUACCCCGUUGAUUUGGAGAGCGAUGACGAUGAUGAAGAUGAAGAUGACGAUGACGAAUAG